AUGGCAGCACCACACUAUCGAAAAGUCGAGCUCCAAUCUCCAGCAGACUUCACCUACCUCUACGCCAACACAUACAUAAACGAAACCUUCGAAUCCGCCUCAACGUCAAUCAGCAUCAACGGCAUAGACUCCACCUCUCCACAAUUCCCAUUCCCGGCAGCAUUCACCGCGCCAACAGAACAAGUCGAGUACGAGGCAUACGAUACAGAACUUGCGUCGCGUGUGACAUCACUGUACGCGCAGCUGGAGUCGCUCAAUACGACUGUUGCACAACAGAGACGGGAUGCGCCGCGGCGUGCGGCGAAGGAAUAUGCCGCGCAGUUGAAAAAGAUGAUUGAAGAGGAGGAAGAGGAAUAUGAAAAUGAAAAUGAAGAUGAGGUUGAAAAUGGAGGAAAAGACGCCGAUAAUGAUACAGAAAUGGGCGAAUCUGCGAAUCUGCAACCCCAAUCGAAUAAUGAAAACGAGAAUACAACAGCUGGCCAAGAGACGGAUGGUAUGGAUGUUGAUUCUACCCCGAAUGGAACUGGGUUGGUGCGCUCGCGGCGACCCCGUGGAAAUCUCGACCCGGCGUGGACGUUGCGGGUUGCGCUCGGGACGGAGGAGGAGCAGGAGAGGUGGAAGAGUGGGGAUAUUGCCAAUGUCUAUGAGGAUGCUUUGCGGAUGCUGUUGCGGUUGCAGGGCGAGGGCAAUGCUAAUACAGAGGCUGGUGCGGAGGGUAAUGCGUUGGCAACGACAGUUGGCAAGGCUGAGAGGGCUGGGCGUGCUGCUGAAGUGGUGGAGAAUAUGAAUAAGUGA